AUGGCUCCCUGUGAAGAGUGCAUCAAGGGCUCAAUCCACAAAGGCCUCCCGAAAGGAACCGAACAGAUAAUCCACGGACUCAACACCUACGUGGUCGGCAACACAGAGACGCCGCGCGGAAUCCUCGUGAUCUACAGCGACAUCUUCGGGCUGAAGCUACCGAACAACAAGCUCAUAGCAGACGGAUACGCCGCGUCGGGCGAGUGGCUGGUCUACUUGCCUGAUUUCUUCGAGGGGGAUCCCAUACGGCUGAAGUUCGCGGACGUGGCGAUCCCCGUCGACGUGACGAAACAGUCCUCUCUGUCGUUUUACUCGGGGAUGCUUGCCAACGCGCCCUCGCUUGCGUUAUGGUUCAUGCGGCACAAGGAAGGGCCUACAGAGAAAGUGUGUGUGGAUUUCCUGACCGCGCUGCGACGGGAGACUGCCCCCGCGGUGAAGAUCGGGAUGGCCGGUUUCUGCUGGGGGGGCAGAUAUGCGAUCCGGGCGGCGCAGGAGAGCAAGAUGGUGGAAAUCGAUGGCCGGGGCAAGGUUCCUCUGGUGGAUGCAGUGGUGGCGCUGCAUCCGAGCAAUAUGGUGAUCCCCCGGGAUGUCGAACACCUGGUCGUCCCCGUCAGCUAUGGAUGGGGGCUGGAGGAUUUCGGAGUCAAGAUCGAGACCAAGGAUAAAGUGGAGGCCGUGCUUGAGCAGGAGAGACAGGCGGGCAGAUCGCUGCCGGCCAUGGAGCAUCGGGUCUAUACGCCUGGACGGCAUGGGUUUGCUGUUCGAGGCAAUCCCGACGAUCCCAAGGAGAGGAAGUGUUUGGAGGAUUCGAACAGACAGGCUCUCGACUGGUUCGACAGGUGGCUGUAG